UUUUGUCCAAUUUUAUAAUCGAAUUCGAUUUGACUCGACUUAAAUAUAAUUUACAUUUAUGAAAAAACAAUAUGAAUACAAAAUCUGAUAUCAAACCCACCAAAAAAACUCUGACCCAAAAAUAACUCGAUCGCUCAAAUCAACAACUCUAGUUCCAUCCCACGCAAUAAAAAGAUAAAAAGAAACAAAUGAAUACACUCAACAGAAAACGUAAGUCCAAGAGUAACACAUGCUUCACACAGGCCAAUUCCCAAGACUCUUCACUUCCCUCACGUGUCAAUUCCUCCUUUUGCAUGGCUUUUUGCCUUCUUCCUCCUCUCAUCUCUUUACUUUCUUCUUCAUAUAACCACAUCCCUAAUUUCCUUGAACUUCAAAUGCUUGCUUUCAUUUCUUAGCUUCAUCUCAUCAGUUUCUAAUUCGAUGGCUACUCUGAAAUCAACCUUAGGUAUUCUUGCAGUGUUAGCCUUUCUAACUCUUGAAAUUCUAUGCAUUUCUUGUGAAGCAUAUAGGCCAUGGGAGAUGAACAUUCGAUUGCCUUCUGACAAGAAAGAAAUACAAAAGGAAAAAGUAAAUCAAGCAGAAGCUCAGAAGGAUUCUGGUACUAGGUGGGCUCUUCUUGUUGCUGGUUCUCAAGGUUUUGGUAAUUACAGGCAUCAGGCAGAUGUUUGUCAUGCAUAUCAGAUAUUAAAGAAAGGAGGAUUGAAAGAUGAGAAUAUAGUAGUGUUUAUGAAUGAUGAUAUUGCUAAUAACCCCCUUAAUCCAAAGAAAGGUGUGAUUAUCAAUAGCCCUAAAGGUGAAGAUGUAUAUGCUGGUGUUCCUAAGGAUUAUACAGGGGAGCAAGUAACUGCGGAGAACAUGUAUGCAGUGCUUCUCGGUAACAAGAGUGCUGUGAAAGGUGGCAGUGGAAAGGUCAUCGAUAGCAAACCAAAUGACAGGAUCUUUGUAUACUACUCCGAUCAUGGGGGUCCUGGUGUGCUAGGUAUGCCCAAUUUACCAUACGUGUAUGGUAAGGACUUCAUUGAGGUUUUGAAAAAAAAGCAUGCUUCAAAAGGCUACAAGGAAAUGGUAAUGUAUAUUGAAGCUUGUGAAAGCGGAAGUGUUUUUGAGGGAUUGAUGCCUGAAGAUCUGAAUAUAUAUGUUACAACUGCGUCCAAUGCCGAAGAAAGUAGCUAUGGAACUUAUUGUCCUGGUAUGGACCCUGCACCGCCUGCUGAAUUCACGACGUGCUUAGGGGAUUUAUAUAGCAUAGCCUGGAUGGAGGACAGCGAGACGCACAAUUUGAAGAAAGAAACCAUCACCCAACAAUAUGAGAAGGUAAAGGCAAGAACGUCAAAUUUCAACACCUACGCGGCUGGAUCCCAUGUGAUGGAGUACGGAAAUAAAAGCAUUAAACCAGAGAAAGUGUAUCUAUACCAAGGUUUUGAUCCAGCGACUGUGAACCUUCCCGCUAAUAGUUUGCCUCUUGAUAUUACGUUAGGUGUCGUAAAUCAGCGAGAUGCAGACAUUCUCUUCCUCUGGAAAAUGUUUGAAAGAUCAAAAGACAAACCAGAGGAGAAGCAUAAAAUCCUUACAGAGAUAACUGAGACAACGAAACAUAGAACUCACCUCGACAGUAGCAUCGAACUGAUUGGAAAACUCCUGUUUGGACUAAGCAAUGGCCCUUCCAUUUUAAGUGCAAAACCAAAACCGGGUUCGCCUCUUGUCAAUGAUUGGGAUUGCAUGAAAUCAAUGGUUCGGACUUUUGAGAAAGAAUGUGGUUCUUUAACUCAAUACGGCAUGAAACAUAUGCGAGCCUUUGCUAACAUUUGCAACAAGGGGAUUUUACUGUCUGAAAUGGAGGAAGCUUGCAUUGCAGCAUGCAGUUGGCGCAACGGAGGGCAAUGGCAUCCUUCGUUCUACGGUUAUAGUGCUUAAUUGAUAAUUUGCCCUUUAAUCUGCAAUGUAUGUGCAAAAGGCCUACAGUAGUCCUAUAUAUUAUUGUAGUCCUACAUAUUGUUGUAUUAUAUGUGUCGUAUAUGUAGUUUGUAUUCUAAGCUCCGCUUGCGUUUGUUUGGACUUGUAAAACAAAGCUGAGGGUUUGUUCAUGAUUGCUGUAGCCAUCAAUCGUAAUGGUAAUUGUUAGUCGUAAUAGUAGUUUGUUAAAUUACUCGAACCGUUUAGUUUAUCCAAUAUAAAGUACCAUGUCGAAUUCUCGACAU